AUGGCCGUCGAAACAGAUCAGAAUGCCUCUGCGCAGCUCGGAGAGGCCGUGGUUGCCUUUGCGCUCGAGGGGCGCUUCCCCGACGAGCAUGUAUCAUCGCUGUCGCUGUCCUCCUCAGAUCUGUCGCCUGCGAUUGAUGCGCUGGAACGAGCCAAGGGUGAUUUGGAGUCCGAAAUCCACACGAUAAACGAAGAGACCAAGGGGGACGUCAGCUCGUGGGUGCACAAUGCGAAAACACUACAGGAAGACAUCUUGCGGUCCAAGAGGCUGGCCGAUGACAUCGUCCGACAAUCGGAAGCGCCGCAGGUUUCGGGAAAGGCCAUACAAGAUGCGGAGGACCACAUUCAGUUUCUCGAGAAGGAGGUGCUAUACACAAACCAGCUGCACGACGCCCUCAGGGGAAUCCAGCAUGUCAACGAGCUUUUGGGGGAGGUGGAGCAGGCGAUGAACGAGCGGCGCAUCAUUGAUUCGCUGCGGUGGCUGGAGAAGCUCGAUGCUGUCCCAGUCAACAAGAAGGCAUGCCGGAUCAUGAGGCUCCUCGAUGUGAGAGCUUUUGAGCUAAAGUCACAUGUUCACGACGUCUUCGACCACGUCUGGGCAUCGCUUGUUCACACAGAUAUCGAAGCCGGCACCCUGGCAAUCUACAACAAGUUGGAUGACGAGCAAAUGACGCUGCCAGAAGCCAUCAUUGGUCUUCAGGCCUACAAAGAGGUUGAAGACCGCAUGUCUAAGCUGUGGCACGAUGUUGACAAGGCCAUUGUUUUCCCGCGCAUGGACACUCAAGCCUCAUCGCUGCCUUCCAUCCGCGAGACUGAGAACGUUGUUGAGUUGAAUGGCCAAGCUGGAAGAUCAAUCGACGAGCUCUUUACGGAUCUCCAAAAGGUGGUCGAGUUCCUAGCCAAGAGACUGACGCCCGAUCUCCUCAUGUUCUUCAGCCCCAUCAUGAUGAGCGACCUGGUCCCGAGGCUCAUUUCAGUCUGGCUCGACUCAGAAGUGCCUUCAAAUCUCAAGGAUCUUGGGAGGUUCCAGGCCGUCAUCGAAUCUGCACGGCUCUUUUGCGAGGUCCUUGAAGACAACGGCUUCACUGGGUUUACGGAGCUCAAGGAAUGGGUCGGCAGUGCGCCGUCAAUAUGGCUUGCAAAGUGCAGAGAAACAGCCCUUGAUUCGGUCAGGGUGCAAAUGUCAAACGGUCUUGGCGCGACAAAACAAGUGGAAAAGGUGGAAAAGCAAAUGGUGUCUCGCUCAGAAGGCAAGGAGUUGACGGCGAACGGUGUAGCCGGUACCGUUGCAGAAGAUGACUGGGGCGCGGAAUGGGGAGUUGACGACGACGAAGAGCCACCUGAAGCCAAGGACGACGCACAGGAGGAAGACGACGGUGCCGAUGCCUGGGGAUGGAACGAUGAGGAGCAAACUACAGAGAGCACACAAGAGGAGACUGCACAGGCCGAGGACAAGCCGGCAGACGAUGAGGACGACGCAGCCGACGCGUGGGGUUGGGGGGAUGAUGAUGCGACAGAGCAAACAGAGUCAGACCCGAAGCCCCAGGCACCAAAGACGCAGACGAAAAAGCACAAGACGGUGUCUGCUGAACCAGAUGAGAGCAGGGAGAUGGUUCUCAAGGAGACAUACCAUAUCUCCUCCAUGCCGGAGCCGGUGCUGGAGCUUAUACUGGCCCUUCUGGAAGACGGCGCAGCUCUGACACAGCCCGAGUAUGUUGCGAGCCCUUGUCAACACGGAGAUCCUUCUAACAUUUGCAGGUACGAAAGCAGCCCAGUGGCAGCCGCCGCCCCGGGUCUCUUCAGUUUGCCGACGUUCGCAUUAGCCAUGUUUCGAGCAGUGUCGCCGCACUACUACUCACUUGACAUUGGCGGGAACAUGUAA